ACGAAACAACACCCAUUCCAGGACGAUUUGGUUGCCUUGUUUGUUGUUAUUCCGUAGACUUGCUUUUCACGAAACAGAGACACCCGACACCACCAUCGAAUAGAAGUUGCUUAUCAUGAGAUUUGCCUCUUCAGCCGUCGUGUUCAUGGCUGUAGCUUCUACAGUCACUGCCUUCCAGCAGACUGCUUUCAAGCCGUCGCGUAUUUCCAUCGUCGUGCAACAAUCGACAUCCGCAACUGAAGCUGAGGAAAAGCGGGCUACAAAGAAAGAGGAACGCUUGCGCAUGAUGAAGUCCGAUCGCUUCCAUCGCCGAGGAUUCAAGGAAGUCCGCGAGGGAGUCGAAAGUAACAUGGAAGAUCAAUUCCAGUCGCCAAUUGUCAAUAGUUUGCGUACCAGCAACUUUGUGAUGGAUAGAGAUGGUGUCAAGGUGUAUCUUGCAAAAGAUUUUGGAUUUUGUUGGGGCGUUGAACGAUCCAUUGCUUUAGCGUACGAAGCUGCGGAACACUUUCCGGAUCGCAAACUUCACAUCACGAAUGAGCUUAUCCACAACCCCGAGGUAAACGAAAACUUAAAGGCAAAAAACGUUCAGUUCAUUGAGAAGCUCGGAGAUGGGACAAAAAACUUUGCGUCGGUUCAGGAUGGUGAUGUCGUAAUUCUUCCAGCUUUCGGCGCUUCGUUCGAAGAAAUGGAUUACUUUGACAAAAAGAAUGUUGAAAUUGUGGACACUACAUGUCCUUGGGUCUCUAAGGUUUGGAACACAGUCGAUAAGCAUCAGAAGCAAGGUCUGACAUCUGUGAUUCACGGGAAGUAUGCGCACGAAGAAACUGUUGCGACCACGUCCUUCUGCGAAGACUUCAUCUGCGUAAAAAAUUUCAAAGAGGCAGAAAUGGUCGCAAAUUAUAUUCUCAACGGAGGGGACAAGGACGCAUUCAUGAAGCAUUUCGAAAAUGCUGUUAGUGAGGGAUUCGAUCCUGAUAAACACCUCGAGAAGGUCGGUCUUGCUAACCAGACUACAAUGUACAAGAAAGAAACGCGUGCUAUUGGACAGCUUUUUCAAAAGACAAUGAUGAAAAAAUUUGGACCGGUGAAGUCGAAGGAGCAUUACAUGGAAUUUGACACGAUCUGCGACGCUACUCAGGAACGGCAAGACGCAAUUCACGACAUGGUGGAAAGCGCUCAAAAGGAUGGCUUGGACUUCAUUCUUGUGAUUGGUGGUUGGGAUUCUUCUAAUACUGCGCAUUUGCUUGAGAUUCCGGUUCAUGCUGGAAUCCGCGCCUUCCACAUCAACCGUGCAGAGUGCAUUGGUGCGGACAAUACGAUUACUCAUCGAACGGUCGAUGGGGAGAUUGUGACGACUCAAUUGUUGGAAGACAUGGACAAGGAAGUUGUUAUGGGCGUGACUUCAGGAGCAUCAACACCGGAUGCCGCAGUCCAGGAUUCUCUGAGCCAAAUCUUUUUGUUGAAAAAGAUGUACGACGAGAGCAAGAAAUAGUACCGAGUCGCUAACUUCCCACUUCGGCGAUCAAUUCCUUACCAUGCACGCAAAGGGAAUAGAUAAUGAAUGUAUAGUACAACUGAAACUUUGUUGU